GCGGAGCAGAGCGCCGGCCGCCGACCGAAAGCCGCGGCGCCCGGCCCGGGGGCGAUCGGCCCGUAGCGCCCCCGGGUCUGUCCCCGGGGCGCCAUGGCCCCAGCGAGGCCGGGCGCACCCGCGGGGCCCCGGGCGCGUCGGCUAGCGCGCCGCUGAGCAGGGUAAAGCUCGGAGAGGCCGGGGCCCCCCCGGGGCACAGGAAGGGGCCGGCGCCAUGGAGCCCCCGGCCGCCCCUUCGGAGAGGAGCCUGUCUCUGUCUCUGCCCGGGCCCCGGGAGGGCCAGGCCACCCUGAAGCCGCCCCCACAGCACCUGUGGCGGCAGCCGCGGACCCCUAUCCGUAUCCAGCAGCGCGGCUACUCUGACAGCGCGGAGCGCGCAGAGCCCGAGCGGCCGCCACACCGGCCCAUAGAGCGCGCCGACGCCGUGGACACCGGCGACCGGCCCGGCCUGCGCACUUCUCGCAUGUCCUGGCCCUCGUCCUUCCACGGUACCGGCACCGGCAGCGGCGGCGCGAGCGGAGGCAGCUGCAAGCGCUUCGAGGCGGAGAAUGGGCCCACGCCAUCUCCUGGCCGCAGCCCCCUGGACUCGCAGGCGAGCCCGGGCCUCGUGCUGCACGCCGGGGGGGCUAUCAGCCAGCGCCGGGAGUCCUUCCUGUACCGCUCGGACAGUGACUACGACAUGUCACCCAAAACCAUGUCCCGGAACUCGUCGGUCACCAGCGAGGCGCACGCUGAGGACCUCAUUGUGACACCUUUCGCCCAGGUGCUGGCCAGUCUCCGGAGUGUUCGCAGCAACUUCUCACUCCUGACCAAUGUGCCCAUUCCCAGCAACAAACGGUCCCCGCUGGGCGGCCCAACCCCCGUCUGUAAGGCCACGCUGUCAGAAGAGACAUGUCAACAACUGGCCCGGGAGACACUGGAGGAGCUGGACUGGUGCCUGGAGCAGCUGGAGACCAUGCAGACCUACCGCUCCGUGAGCGAGAUGGCAUCUCACAAGUUCAAGAGGAUGUUAAACCGUGAACUCACACACCUGUCAGAGAUGAGCAGGUCAGGAAACCAGGUCUCUGAGUACAUCUCCACCACAUUCCUGGACAAGCAGAAUGAAGUGGAGAUUCCAUCACCCACGAUGAAGGAUCGAGAAAAACAGCCAGCUCCCCGCCAGAGACCUUCCCAGCAGCCCCCGCCCCCUGGGCCGCAAUUCCAGCCCAUGUCUCAGAUCACGGGGGUGAAGAAGCUGAUGCAUAGCAGCAGCCUGAGUGACUCCAGCAUCCCCCGCUUUGGGGUGAAGACCAACCAAGAAGAGCUCCUGGCCCAAGAACUGGAGAACCUGAACAAGUGGGGUCUGAACAUCUUCUGCGUAUCCGAAUACGCCGGAGGCCGUUCCCUCAGCUGCAUCAUGUACACGAUAUUUCAGGAGCGUGACCUGCUGAAGAAAUUCCGCAUCCCAGUGGACACCAUGGUGACAUAUAUGCUGACCCUGGAGGACCACUACCACCCCGACGUGGCCUACCACAACAGCCUGCACGCGGCCGAUGUGCUGCAGUCCACCCACGUGCUGCUGGCCACACCCGCGCUAGAUGCUGUGUUCACGGACCUGGAGAUUCUUGCCGCCCUCUUCGCGGCCGCUAUUCAUGACGUAGACCACCCUGGGGUCUCCAACCAGUUCCUCAUCAACACUAAUUCGGAGCUGGCGCUCAUGUACAACGAUGAGUCGGUGCUGGAGAACCACCACCUGGCCGUGGGCUUCAAGCUGCUGCAGGAAGACAACUGCGAUAUCUUCCAGAACCUCAGCAAGCGCCAGCGGCAGAGCCUGCGCAAGAUGGUCAUCGACAUGGUGCUGGCCACGGACAUGUCCAAACACAUGACCCUCCUGGCAGACCUGAAGACCAUGGUGGAGACCAAGAAGGUGACCAGCUCGGGGGUCCUCCUGCUGGACAACUACUCCGACCGCAUCCAGGUCCUUCGGAACAUGGUGCACUGUGCAGACCUCAGCAACCCCACCAAGCCACUCGAGUUGUACCGCCAGUGGACCGACCGCAUUAUGGCCGAAUUCUUCCAGCAGGGGGACCGUGAACGUGAGCGGGGCAUGGAGAUCAGCCCCAUGUGCGACAAGCACACAGCCUCGGUGGAGAAGUCUCAGGUGGGUUUCAUCGACUAUAUCGUGCACCCGCUGUGGGAGACGUGGGCUGACCUGGUCCACCCGGACGCCCAGGAGAUCCUGGACACGUUAGAGGACAACAGAGACUGGUACUACAGCGCCAUUCGCCAGAGCCCAUCACCGCCGCCUGAGGAGGAGCCCAGGGGGCCAGGCCACCCACCCCCACCUGAUAAGUUCCAGUUUGAGCUGACGCUGGAAGAGGAAGAUGAGGAGGAGGUGUCUACCGCCCCGGGUGCAUUCACGGUGCAGGGAUUGUCCGUGGCUCAGGAUGCGUCCCCAGCUGAGGAACUCUUGGAGGUCGAUGGCCAGGAUAUGCCCACGGAGGGGAAGGUACAGGAACCUUGCUGCACGCAGCAAGCAGACUCGGCCGGUAGUGUGGCUGCGGGCAAGGACGAGGCCACGUCCCCAGACGCAUCCGUGGAUGCCGUAGGCCGCAGCGGCCCCCUGGCCCUGUCUGCCGAGACCCCCCUUCCGCCCGCCUUGAGGACCCCGCCCCCUCCAGAGGACACCCCGGGCCUCCCGGGCCUCCCCUCCACGGCGGCCGAGGCGGGGGCCCAAAAAGAGCAUCAGGCUGCCAAGAGGGCGUGCAGUGCCUGCACAGGAACGUCCGGCGAGGACCCCCCCCCACUCCCAGCUCCUGGGGGGUGGGGGUCAGCUGGAGGCCCUACCUGAACCCCGGCCCCGACACCCUCCUGCUCUCCCCGGCUCCCUUCACCACCAUUACCCCACGACCGCCUCCUCCACUGCCUCAAAGACUCUUGGGCCUCCAGAGAAAAAAGAAAACAGAAAAGUGGGGUUUUUUCUCUUUUCUUUUUUUCCUCUUUCCCCCCACCCCCACCCACGGGGCCUCUUUUUGGAGGUGGGGGCUGGGGAACAAGGGGCGGAGGUCCCGGAAGGGAUUUUAUUUUUGGAAUUUUAAUUGUUACAUUUUUAGAAAAAGAAAAAAAAAAAAAAAAACAGGAUGAAACACAGCAACUGUAGAUCUCCUGUUCCCGACUACCCCUUGUGUCCCAUCUCCUGCCACCUCCCCCUGCCCCCGGGCCCCAGGCUCAGUCUUCCGGCCUCCUAGGGCUCUUGGCCUGGGCCCAAGCAGGCAUAACGCCUCCCUUUGGGGCUUUUCUUCUGAAUUUUGGAGGGUCUCCGGAACCCAACCAGGAAUAGCCAUUCCGGGCGGGGGACUCAGGGGGGGCUGCCACCAUGGGAGGCCCCAGCUCCAGCCCCUCUCUGGCGCACUGCCCCCCCCCCCCAGAAGUCUCCCGCCUCAUUUUGCACAAACCUGGCAAUACUAACCCGAGGGAUAGGGACCUGGAGAGGGGAGCUGCGUGCUUUAAGAUGCAGCAGAGGCGGGUAUUGGAGGGACAUUCACACCACCAACCUCCCCCCCCCCCCCCCGCCCCUCCACCUGCCACCCUCUUCGCCUUCCACUUUGGGUUCCGUUUGAAUUUUCUCCAUGGGGGGGGGGGAUGGCUCCGAACCACACCCCUCCUUCCAGCUGCUUCUCCUCUUGUUUCUGCCUUAAUGAUUCCCAUGGCCAUAGGAGAGGGGUUCGCAGUGGCCCCCAUCCUGGGCACCCCCCCCCCAGCAUCCUCCUGACCCCCUUCACGACCCUUUGCCCUAGGAGGAAGCAAUAACAAUGUACACCCACAUCCCCUUUCUGGGCAACCCUCUCCCACCCUGGCACCAAAGUCCUUUCUACUCUGUCCCCAUCUGGCCACGCCCCUCCCCCCCCGCCCCCCCCCCCCCCCCCCCGAGCUAUUCCUGCAGCAAUACGACAGACAGAUGCAAGGCCAUUUUUCUCCAAGCCAUGGGGGACUGUUUGGAAGGAAAGACCCCCUCUUCCCCCCUCCUUUCUGCCCUUUGGCCCAGUUCUGCAGCUGGGCAAGGCAGGACCUCUCUCUCCUCCCCCCACCCCCCACUCUGAGCACACGGUACUGUAGCCCCCCCCCCCCCCCCCCCCCGGCUGCCCCAGCCUUCCAUCUGUCUGUCCAUCCCUGUGGGGAGUACCACCUGCUCCCACCCCCGUGAUGCUGUACAGGGUUCAUUUUUGUAGCGAAAGUAGUUUCUGUCCCAGCCAGUGACUGGAGUGGGACUUCUUUGGGUUUUCUUUCUUUUUUUUUUCUUCUUUCUCUCUCUCUCUCUCUCUCUUUUUUUUUUUUUUUUUUUUGUACAUACUGUAAGGUUGGUUUGUAAAUUAUUCUACAGAGGCAAAAAGGGAAAAUACACUUGCCCUUCCCCAGCUGACCCAGCCAGGGGAAGGAGGAGGGGUGGGGGUCUCCCAGAGAGAGAGUCCCCAUUCCCACUGUAUUAUACAAACUGUACCAUAGACCCCGCAAGGGUGGGUUCAGUGCUGCCGUUUGAUGGGAAGUCGUGUCAUCGUGGGGGGUGAGGGCUGAGCAGAGCCUGCCCCUUGCCCUGUCCCCGGGUGUGACUGGUGAGAUGGAACCCCACCCCCAAUCAGGGCUCCUCUCCCCAGCGGGGGGGGCGCAGGGCCCCCUCAGCCGCUCUUGUGUUGUCCCCUCUGACGAUCAAUCAGUCGGUCCGUUGAUCGAUAAUCAAUCCUUCGAUCUCGUCUCCAAUUAAACCGAGGAUUUCACUGA